ACACACACACACACACACACACACACACACACACACACACACCACCCAUCCGCCAGCAUAGUCACAAGUCAGUUAACCCCCAGGACAGCCAGCAGCGUUGGGAGCCUCAGUGUUCCUGAGACAGGAUGGUCCCCCUACUACUGCUCACGUCCACGCUCCUGUCCAGCUACUUCCAUGCAGGGAGAACGGUGAUCGCAGAGCAACCAUUCACGAUACGAGGCAUCACCCUGUCCAUCGAGCCCAGUGCUGAUGUGACUCGGAACACCAAUGUGACUCUGAGAUGCAAGGCCGCCGUCAGCAGCUCUGGGAAGGAGGUGCUGAGUCGUGAGUACACUAUAUACAAGGACGGCAACACAAUCUACACCAAGACCUCCAGCAGCUCGGAGGAUCUUCUGUACCCCCUGCCCGAGGUCAGAGUCUCCAACACCGGCAAAUACAAGUGCAAGAUCAGCAUUGAGGGGAAACACGUGACCAGCGGAGCCCAGAAACUCACAGUAACAGGCCUGUCGAAACCAGUUCUCCGCCUUAACAGGGGUGUGGUCAGCGAAGGGGAGGAGACAACGGCCACAUGUAUGGCGCGCGGUGAGACAGGCUCCAUUUUCUUUUACUUCUACGAGGACUCCAAAGAGAUCCACGAGGAGCAGGUCAAAUCCAACCAGGCAGAGGCCAAGCUGCGCAUCACUAGUGUCGGCAUUCACAAAAUUCACUGUGCCUACACUGUCCUUGUAACGCCAGACUCCUUCAAGUCAGAGGAAAGCAACACUGUCACUGUUUCAGUCAAAGAACUUCCCAUCACACCAGUUUUGGAGAUUUUCCCCCAGUCCAAAAUUUAUGAAGGAGACAAACUGGUCAUCAUGUGCACCUUCAGCAACGUUCUGAAGCGCUCUGAAGGGAUCCACCUGUACCUGAGCCAGGGGAACCAGCUUCUCAGCAGCGGAGAAACCACAGUCAACCACAGCAUGGUGGCACUGGCCAAGGACCCUGGCGAGUUCGAGUGCAGAUUUGAGAUGGGAGAUGUAGUGAAAUUUGUCUCAAAGAAGGUUUCAGUGACUGAGCUGUUCUCAGUGCCCACUUUCACCAUGUCUCCUGCUGAAGUCUUUCAAAAGGAAUACAUGACGCUAACCUGCAAAAGUGAGCGCUUUGCCUCUGAAAGACUCAACAGGGAAGAGUUGACCUACGCUCUUGAUCCAUCUGAAAGCCCACUAAUCCCCAAGAGCGCUGGAGUAUUUUAUGGCAAAGCCCUGCAGUAUGAUUUCAACUAUACCUGUGUAGCUCGAGCCAGGGGCAUCGUGAAACACAGUGAAACCCUGACUGUACGUCCUAAAGUGUCCGUCUCCAUUCCAAAGAUCUCGGUGGUUGGCAGAGCAGUCCUGGGACAGCCCCUCAAGAUCCUCUGUGUGUCAGACAGUGGCAGCCUGCCAAUAAACUACACCCUUCUGAGGGAGUACGACCCACUGAGCACAACCAUUGUCAAGCAGCCCUUUCAACCAGCUAUCUUCACAGUCCCCAUCACCAAGCCUGACGAAAUCAACACGUACAUGUGCGAGGCGAGGAAUAAUCACAGGGAAGCCCCGCUCAGUAAAAGACUCAACGCAACUGUCAUAGUACCUCUGACGCAGCCGAUCAUGACCGUCAUCCCCGACCUACCAGAUAUCUCCGAGGGAGUUCAUCUCUACCUCAUAUGUGGUGUUGCCGGCACUCCGCCCGUCACCUUUAAGUGGUACCGUGUUGGCAACGAACAGCCACUGUAUACCACCACCUCCAACAAGAACAACACAGACUACCAGGUCCCGGAGGUGUCCAAACAGCACAGUGGCACGUACUACUGCGAGGCAGUCAACCACGCCAACAACGUCGUCAUCAGUGACAGGGUCAACAUACAGGUGCACAUGGCGUUGUGGAAGAAAGUGGUGAUCGGGGGGUUCUGUGUGCUGGCGGUGUCUGGGUUGGUGGUGGUCUUUCUGCUGUGCUUCAAAUCCAACAGAGGUAGAGAGACCUACAGUCCUCCAGCAACUCAGGCCGUUUAUCUCAAACUGUGUGUAAAAACCAACCUUCCUCCACCUACUUCCUCCUGCUCUUCUUCUCACCUCUCCUCUCUUAUUAAAGCCUUCGAGCCCUAAAUCAGAUGACUCUUUAACAGUGAAUCUAACCCACGACACAGAGGUUUAUAAAGCAGACUCAGGUAGCUUGGUUUUACUAUUCUCCUGUGUACCACUGACUCUCAUCACUCAGUCAUCAUCUUAACAGCCAUGUCUCUCGCCUCAACAGUUAUAGCAUGUUUUCUGUUGUAGCCACGGCAACCCAUUUUCACCCAAUGAUCCAUGUUCUAAUAUGCAUGCAGGGUCCAUGUUUCUGUUUAUGUAACUGACUUUGUCGCUUUUCUGUGUAUAAGUAUAUGUGCACGCACAACAUGGGUAUGUUUACAUGUAUUGGCUUUGUCUGUGUCCGACGUUUUUUGCAUGUACAUUGUGUUUGUGUCUAAGUAUGUAACAUGUCUGCAGAGGCAGGACGAGUAGGAUGUUGUUAGAAUACAGUUGUUGUACCUCUCUGAGGCACAGGCUGUGUUUACGGAGGAGCAAGCUGCCUGAGUAGGUCAAAUAUCAUGUGUCUGUUGUUGCAAACUGCUCAGAGCGACAACUAUCAUCUUCUUGCAGACGCAGCGCCACUCUAUGAUGGCACGGAGGGGAGAGUGACCAAUGGGGUGCGAGAUAGUGUGGCGUCGCUUCCCGUUGACAUCAGUAACAGGAGCAGCUACAGUAUCCCAGCCACAGUGUAGAGAUGCCCCACAAUGGGCGGGACUUGAAUUCCAUUUUUUUUUUUUUACUUUUAAAGAAAAGGAAGUUUUAAGAAUGGACUCUGAGGGCAAACAUGGAAAGGAACACAAGAGGCAGAAAUCCUGUUGAUGUCCAGUGUUGUGGGAUUUGAACACUUUCUUCACUGACGACUUUCCUCAGUGAAAAGGAGGGGCGUGGUGAUAACAAUUCAAACUGGGACCCGCUGCUCCCUCUCCCCUCCUCCUGCACUCUAGAAGGCUUAUGAUUUUCAACGUAACAGUAUUGUCUUUGUCCUUUGUUCCUUUCGAUCUCCAUGUUUGUGUGACUUAAUGUCCUUUUAUUGUUGCAACUGCUCCAUUUGUCUGAUGUGCAUGUUUAAAUGGCCUUGGUGACAGAUUGAUUUGUAUAUACAUUUUAUCACCAUCACAGGAAAUGUGUGUAUAUAUUUUUGGUUCAUCCCAGAGACACCUGUAGAAUAAAGACGUUGGUUUUAUUUA